UCAUAAGCUCCCUCUUGUCUUGCUUCCUUCACUCUUUCCACCACAUACUCCACGAUCCUGAAAGACAUGGCCGACCAGAACCCAGACACUGCUACGGCGAUCUUGAAGCCGAAGAAAUCGCCUAACCGGCUUGUUGUCGACGAGGCGACUUCGGAUGACAACUCUGUUGCGACCCUGAACCCUGCCACCAUGGAGGCUCUCCAGCUCUUUCGCGGAGAUACCAUCAUCGUCCGGGGGAAGAGGCGGCAUGAUACCGUGCUCAUUUGCUUGAGCUCUGACACCGUCGAAGAGGGCAAGAUUCAAAUGAACAAGGUCGCUCGUAACAACCUUCGUGUCAAGCUCGGGGACGUUGUUAAUGUUCACGCCUGUCUGGAUAUCAAAUACGGACAACGUGUACACAUUCUCCCCUUCGACGACUCCAUCGAGGGUCUUUCCGGUAACAUCUUCGAGGUAUACCUCAAGCCUUACUUCCUGGAAGCGUAUCGUCCCGUCAGGAAAGGUGACACUUUCCUCGUCCGUGGUGGUAUGCGGACAGUCGAGUUUAAGGUCGUGGAUACCGAUCCCGCUGAGUACUGUAUCGUGGCUCAAGACACCGUCAUCCAUACAGAGGGUGACGCUAUCAAGCGCGAGGAGGAGGAAGCGAAUUUGAAUGAAGUCGGCUACGACGACAUCGGUGGUUGCCGCAAGCAAAUGGCCCAGAUUCGUGAGCUUGUCGAGCUCCCCCUUCGCCAUCCUCAACUGUUCAAGUCUAUCGGUAUCAAGCCCCCUCGCGGUAUUCUCAUGUACGGUCCCCCUGGUACCGGUAAGACCCUAAUGGCGCGAGCUGUUGCGAACGAGACCGGCGCAUUCUUCUUCCUCAUCAAUGGUCCGGAGAUUAUGUCGAAGAUGGCGGGAGAAUCGGAGUCUAACCUCCGGAAGGCGUUUGAAGAGGCGGAGAAGAACUCGCCAGCUAUCAUCUUCAUCGACGAAAUCGACUCCAUUGCUCCCAAGCGUGAGAAGACGAAUGGAGAGGUCGAGCGGCGUGUUGUGUCGCAACUGCUUACCCUUAUGGAUGGUCUUAAGGCGCGUUCGAACGUCGUCGUGAUGGCCGCGACUAACCGUCCGAACUCAAUCGACCCUGCCCUUCGUCGCUUCGGUCGCUUUGACCGUGAGGUGGACAUCGGUAUUCCCGACCCGACUGGCCGUCUCGAGAUCCUCCGUAUCCACACGAAGAAUAUGAAGCUCGCCGACGACGUUGACUUGGAGCAGAUUGCCGCCGACACGCACGGUUACGUUGGCUCUGACCUUGCUGCUCUCUGCUCAGAAGCUGCCAUGCAGCAGAUCCGCGAGAAAAUGGACCUCAUCGAUCUGGACGAGGAUACCAUUGACGCGGAAGUCCUCGACUCCCUCGGCGUCACAAUGGAUAACUUCCGCUUCGCGCUCGGCACCUCGAACCCCUCUGCGCUUCGUGAGACCGUCGUCGAGGUUCCCACCGUCAAGUGGGAGGAUGUCGGCGGUCUCGACAAGGUCAAGCAGGAGCUGCAGGAGACCGUCCAGUACCCCGUCGAGCAUCCCGAAAAGUUCAUCAAGUAUGGUAUGUCGCCGUCAAAGGGUGUCCUCUUCUACGGUCCUCCGGGUACGGGUAAGACGUUGCUCGCGAAGGCCAUCGCGAACGAGACGCAGGCCAACUUCAUCUCGAUCAAGGGACCCGAACUGCUCACCAUGUGGUUCGGUGAGUCUGAGGCCAACGUCCGUGACGUCUUCGACAAGGCGCGUGCGGCAGCUCCCUGCGUUAUGUUCUUUGACGAGUUGGACUCGAUCGCCAAGGCUCGUGGUGGCUCGUCAGGGGAUGCCGGAGGUGCUGGCGACCGAGUGCUCAACCAGAUCCUCACCGAGAUGGAUGGGAUGAACGUGAAGAAGAACGUGUUCAUCAUCGGUGCAACCAACAGGCCCGACCAGAUAGACCCCGCGCUUCUCCGCCCCGGUCGUCUUGAUCAACUGAUCUACAUCCCUCUGCCUGACGAACCUUCACGUUUGUCGAUCCUCAAGGCAGCGCUAAGGAAGUCACCCGUUGCGCCCGACGUUGACUUGAAUUUCCUCGCCAAGCACACGCACGGGUUCUCCGGUGCUGAUCUGACGGAGAUCUGCCAACGCGCCGCGAAGCUUGCGAUUCGUGAGAGUAUCGAGGCGGACAUCCGGAGGGCGCGUGAGAAGAGGGAGAAGGAGGAGGCCGGCGACGUCGAGAUGAAGGAGGAAGAAGAGGAGGAGGACCCCGUCCCCGUCAUCACAAGGGAACACUUCGAAGAGGCGAUGCGCUUUGCCCGCCGCUCCGUCUCGGACGCCGACAUUCGGCGGUACGAGAUGUUCGCGCAAAAUUUGCAACAAUCACGUUCUUUCGGCAACACGUUUAAGUUCCCCGAGGGCAACGCACCAGCACCGGGCUCGGCGCCCGCGGUGGCGGCGGCGAACGCUGGGUUCGGCGAGGACACUCAGGACGACGACCUCUACGCAUGAGCUGCUCGGUGUUGUCCUAUCGUCUUCUUCGCCGUGGCUUUCUCCUUGUCGAUCGGCAGUCGGUUGCGUUGUGUAUUGUGUGAUGAUGGAUUGUCUUGGCUUGGAGCUGUGUAGUUGUGCCUGCGCAUGUGCAAAAUACUAGAUCGUCUACGUAUGGCCAAUCUGUAGUAUAUCACUCGGCGAAUUGCAUCUCGUUCUUGUUCUCGAC